AGUCCUGCUCCUUAACGAGUCUAAGGACUCACCAACCUCAACACGCACUUCCCCUUCUUCCUCCUCCUCAUUUCUCAUCAAUCUUCUAUUUAAAUUCAUCCAAUUUAUCCUUUCCCAACAACCCCCAUUUCAUAGUUAAUUAAUAUCAUAAUGUUUCAUAUAAAGAGGUUGUUCUAACAUAUAUUACAUGGUACUAACCACCAUUCUUUUAUCCCCUUCAUUCAAGAUUCUUCCCAAUGGAAGCUGUCAAACUUGGAAAUAAAUUUCACCCACAUUCCUCUUAUACAAAUUCUUCAUCUUUUUCCAAUACCCAUUUUGGAUUGAUCAAAUUUAGAAAGACCCAUAUAGGAUUUGAGCCAAAAAUCCAAAAGAAAUGGACAAGUUUGUCUCUUUCUGGUGGAGAAAGAUUGAAAGAGGAAAUCUUUUUGGAGAAGAAACAGAGAGAUUUUUCUGUAAAGUGUACAGCAGAGGGAAUAGAGAGAGGAUUGUUAGUAGGUGGAAGAAGUGAUGAAGAAAGUGAAUUUGUGGUGGCAGAGAGAUUUAAAGUAGUGGCUUUAAUGGCUUGUGUUAUGUGUUUGUGUAAUGCUGAUAGAGUUGUUAUGUCUGUUGCUAUUGUUCCUUUAGCUGCUAAAUAUGGAUGGAGCAGCUCUUUUUUGGGUAUUGUUCAGUCAUCUUUCCUCUGGGGUUACAUAUUUUCCUCUGUGAUUGGAGGAGCAUUAGUAGAUAAGUAUGGAGGAAAGAAAGUGAUUGCUUGGGGUGCAGCUCUUUGGUCUCUCGCCACUCUUCUUACUCCAUGGGCAGCAAAUCACUCCACAAUCAGUCUGUUGGCUAUUCGUGCUUUCUUUGGUCUUGCUGAAGGAGUAGCUUUGCCUUCUAUGAACACCCUUUUGUCCAGGUGGUUUCCAAGCCAUGAACGGGCGACUGCUGUUGGAAUAUCCAUGGGUGGGUUCCAUCUUGGAAAUGUUGUGGGUUUGGUGCUAACUCCGUUAUUUAUGUCCUCGGUUGGAAUUUCUGGUCCCUUCAUCCUUUUCUCAUCUCUUGGGCUUCUCUGGCUUACAACGUGGAUUAACCGGGUGACAAAUGAUCCACAAGAAAGCAAUUCUAUAACAAAAGCAGAGCUGAGGUUGAUCCAAGCAGGGAAAUCAGAUUCUCCUCCUCUAAAAAAAGGAGAACUUCCACCACUGCAACUGCUGUUGUCAAAAAUGCCCACUUGGGCUAUUAUUUUUGCUAACGUCACUAAUAACUGGGGAUAUUUUGUUCUUCUCUCCUGGAUGCCUGUUUAUUUCAAAACGGUUUUUAAUGUGAAUUUGAAACAAGCAGCUUGGUUUAGUGCAGUACCAUGGGGCACAAUGGCAUUCUCAGGCUAUGUUGCUGGAGCUGCAUCAGAUUUCCUAAUCAAAGCAGGGUACUCAUUGACAUUCGUCAGGAAAGUCAUGCAGUCUAUCGGUUUCAUUGGUCCCGGGAUGUCUUUGCUCUGCUUGAAUUAUGCCAAAACACCUGAGGUUGCAGCAGUGAUGAUAACUAUAGCCCUGAGCUUCAGCUCUUUCAGCCAAGCUGGUUUUCUACUUAAUAUGCAAGAUAUUGCACCUCAGUAUGCAGGAUUUCUACAUGGGAUUUCAAAUUCAGCAGGGACACUGGCAGCUAUAAUAAGCACAAUUGGAACAGGCUUCUUUGUACAAUGGCUAGGAUCCUUUCAAGCAUUCUUAACUCUCACUGCUUGCCUCUACUUUGUCACAGCCAUCUUUUGGAAUAUCUAUGCCACAGGAGAGAGAGUUUUUUAGACUCUAGUCUAAUAUUUUCCAAAUGUUGGCUGGCUUGUAUGAGGAUAAAUUCAUUUAGAGAUAGCAGAAAGGACAAUAAUUACAUCCUUUACAAAUAUUCAAUUUUUUCUUUUCACUCAGUCUCAUGGAUGUGAGUGAGAAUAUAUAUAUAUAUAUUUUCAUGUCUAGUUUACUAUUUUAUCUUUCGAAGGAAAGAGGAAUAGCCUACUUAUUUUUUCACCCUUGUAAACAUUUAAGUUACUUUUAGAAGAAUAUAUUAGAGAAAUUUUGGAAGCAUAAAUUUUGGCAAA